CCGCGAGGCGUAGCCAUAGAUUUCCUCGCACAGCCAGCCACCGCACCACGACAUGCUACUACGCAUCGGCAUCCACCAUGCCAUCCGACUCCGAGCCGCCCUGCCCUUCCCCUUGCCUCUACCUCUACCCACCCCUAGCUCGGUCACCAUAAGUCGCCGCCCCACCCAGCCCCAGCACCAGCACCAAAUCCCGAUCUUCCCUUGCGACAAUCCCUAACCCCUAUCGCCGCCUCCUGCUCCGCGCGCCGCCGCGGGGGUCACAAGAUGCAGGCCGCCCCCCACCGCCGCCACCGAUGGGUCAAGGAGUGGAUUCCGCAGGACCUGAUCAUCGCCGGCGGCCCGUGCGCGCUUUACAAGUGGGUGCGAGAGGAUAGAUUGGCUGCUCUUAAAUCCAAUGAUAAGGAACAACAAGUGACGGACUCUGCAAAGCCUGAGCCUACCACUGAGAUUCUUUUCUUAUGCAGCUAUGAUGGGUGCGGAAAAACUUUUGUUGAUGCAGGGGCUCUUAAGAAACAUGCCAACGUCCAUGGGGAAAGGCAAUAUGUCUGCCACUAUGAGGGAUGUGGCAAGAAAUUUUUAGAUAGCUCGAAGUUGAAGAGGCAUUUUCUUAUUCAUACAGGAGAGAAGAACUUUGUCUGCCAUCAUGAAGGUUGUGGCAAGGCUUUCUCAUUGGAUUUUAAUUUAAAGGCACACAUGAAAACACAUUUUGCGGAUAACUAUCAUCUGUGCCCGUCGCCAGAAUGUGGUCGAAGAUUUACACAGGAGUCUAAACUAAGGGCUCAUUACAGGGCACAACAUGACAAGAAUCCAGGUGGGCCUGUAAUGAACCUCCAUAACCCAGUAAAACCACUGGCAACACCGCCAGUUCCCUCGGCUGAUCGUCCAUACGUCUGCCCUUACGACGGUUGUGCCAAGGCAUACAUUCACGAGUACAAACUUAACCUCCAUUUGAGGAAAGAGCAUCCCAAUCACUACGCAGAUGCUGGCGCCGAAGCUGGUCCUUCGAGGGGCACCGCGUCGAAGAAAUCCCGUAGAAGGAAGCCAAACCAAACACCUAACUUGCCGCUCUCCAAGGUCCCUAAGCGCAGCGAAUACUCGGCACCAUCUCAAGCCGUCAGUGUCCCUGAGGAGCACCAGUGGCCAAGGAAAGUGCUGUACGAGGAAGAUAGCGAGGAGACCGAGGAGGAGGGAGAGAACCUCGAGGAUGGUGGAUCCAGGUACAGAGCUGCUAGCAGCGAUGAUGAUGAUGAUGAGGAGACGGAGGAUGAAGAAUGAGCGUCUCAUUGUGAUUUUCAUCGGGGUUUCUGUGGACAUAGCUUGUGAGCACUGGGUUACAGUUUUGAUGUGGACAUAGUUUAUGAGCACUGGGUUAUAUAGUUUUGCAUACAUGCAUUGUGGUGUAUAUACUGAGGGUGGCUAGUUAGAAACAUGCGAGUUACAUACCUGCAUGCAAAUUCUGAAGGUAGGUUGUCCGUGUCAGGCUAUUAACUUUGGAAGGACAAUAGAUCAUUGUUUGCAUCCGGUA